CAUCCCACAGGAAGAGCGUUGUAUUGUGUUGAACUUCUUCUCGGCUUCUCUCUCUUUCUUCAAUUUUGAUUUCACACCCAGCGCUGCCGGCGAUCAUCACGCCAUCACUAGCGACUGCCUACGAGCCAUCCGCAGCACCCACUUCAACCCCAUCGCCGGGAAAUGAACAAAGGCGGAGGCGCCGGUGGAGGUCCAACAGCAGCGGCGGCAGCGGCGGCGGCUCAGAAACAGAAAACUUUGUUGCAGAGAGUUGAAACUGACAUCGCUAAUGUGGUUGAUCACUUCACUUUCUUAGUUAACGUUGCUCGGGUGAAUGACCCGCCAGUCAGAAAUUCACAGGAGGCUUUCAUGAUGGAGAUGCGUGCAGCCAGAAUGGUUCAAGCAGCUGACUCACUACUGAAGUUGGUGUCAGAGCUGAAGCAGACUGCAAUCUUUUCAGGAUUUGCAUCUCUUAAUGACCAUGUAGAUCAAAGAGAGGCUGAGUUUAACCAACAGGCAGAAAAAACUGACCACUUGUUAGCUAGAAUUGGAGAGGAGGCAGCUGCUAGCCUCAAGGAGCUUGAAUCUCAUUAUUAUUCUUCUGCACAGAGGACAAGCGAUCCCCCACAGCCAUGAAGACUGAUCUAGGACGAUAAGCAAUGUAGUGCCCCCUUGAAAAUCAAAAUACUAUAAUUUGAGUUCAUGUGUAGGUUAAACAGGUCAAAAUAGUUUCACUGUGGUAGAUGUAGUUCAGUUUGAAUUUCAACCCUAGAUGUAUUAUUACUAAUGGCAAAUGAGAAUCUGUCUUUUUCAAGGUUUCCUUCCA